AUGAUAGAAGAAGUCGCGGGUGUCCAAACUGCCGGAUCAUCAGGCACAGUUGAGCUUCCAGACGUGUUACGCGCUGACAGGUCGGGGGCUGCAACUCUAAUUGAACGUGAUGGGCUGCAUCGGGGCGGUGGCGAUAUGGAGACUGCGACUCCGAUCGUGCAGCUGGCGGGUCUGGAGACCAUCAGCGCUUGGAUAAAUCUCGUGGGCGUUGGCGUCUCAAUGGGUCGCAAGGCGUCUGGAGAAUGCAGAUGCAGAUGCAGCCAUCUGGACGGCACCGAGCGACUGGUACUGAGACGCAGAUUCCCUAUCGUCGAGUGA